AACAUUUCACCUAACGCUUGGUAAGUCGAUGGAUGCGUUCAAAUCCCCUGUACUAUCGACGCACAAUAAACGGCUUGAAUGGAAUUGACAGAUGUGGAUUAUUAAGCGUACGAGAGAAGAAAUCAAACGAAAAAAAGAUGCAUUAACAUUAGUGUUUCAACAAAGUAAGGAAUAAAAGGCGAAAAAGUGUAGCAACACUAAUUUUUCUUUGGUGGAUUUUUGAUUUUGUUUUUGACACACAUUUUGAUUGUAUCGCCUAUCGUAUAUCGAAAAUUACAAGUGAAGCGUAGAAAAAAUUGAAUUUUUCCCAUAUUUCUGAAAAAAAGAACCAUCUUUAAUUUACAAAUGAAGCCACUAUAUGCGAUUUAGCAUCAAAAUUAGGUGAAAUAAUUUCAGAUUGAACAAAUUUUACGGGAACCACACGCAUGAAAACAUAAACAGAAAGUGGUAACAUUUUUUUUCGAAGCGGUUUAACGUUGUUUCUAUAUGAGAUUAUUUGAAUUGUGUAUAACAAUCAAGUAAUGCAAUUUGUUACAAUACCGUAUUGAACGAAUUGAAAAGAACAAAAAAUAAAACAUACAUUUAAUUUUAUUGUGUGCGUACGCAUAUUUAAAUAAAAAAUUGAUCAAACAUGGAGAUUGAAACGAUUGCCGAAUGGGAUGCAAUUUGUCGGAUAUGCUUGCAAGAAGGGCAAUUGCAUUCAUUGUUCGAUUUUGACGAUGAAAAAUCCGAAUUAAAUAUUGCUGAAAAAAUAAUGAUGUGCUCACCAAUUUUGAUUACGACGGAUGGAAAGCUUCCGGAACAAAUAUGCACUGAUUGUUUAUGCGAUUUAGAUGUUGCAUAUAGAUUUCGAAAAAAUUGCGAACGAUCGGAUUCGAUUUUACAAAGGUUUCUAAAUCCGACCGAGGAUUCGCAAAGUGAAGAAUACAUUGAACUGGUGGGUGAUCCAUUGAAUUUACCCCGUUCGUCAAAAGACAAUAGGGUGGUCAGUUUGUCUUCAGAUGCCGGACUUUAUGAAUAUAGACCACCGGUUGGAUUAAAUGUAAAACGCGUGAGAAGCGAAACCAGCGACAAAGUGCUUAGAAGUGCCACCAAAAAAGCAUUAUCGGCAUCAUCGGCAUCAUCGGCAUCUGUAGCCGACGAGCAUACUAUUUAUUUAAAAUCUGAGCCAACCAUGGACGAAGAAAUGUUUGAUGAUAAUAUUGAUAUGUUAUACGAUAUUGAGACAAACUUUGAUGAUUCAACAGACGCCGAAAAAACGUCGGAUUCGAUUCGAAAAGUGAGCAGUAAAGGUAAUCAUACCGAUACCAGUAAAACCAAUGAAAACGACUCGAAAAUCAUGCAAAUUAAACCGGUUCGUACAAAUAAAGUUCGAUUGGGUUAUACAACAGCCAGUAAAGGAAAAACAAAUACAAUUAUCAAUGCAAAAUUAAAGGGGACCGAGAAUGGAAGUAAAGAGAAUGCAUCUUUAGUGCGUUCACCAAAAUCAAAAACCAACGCUAAAGGCGAACCAAAGCAACCAAAAAAGUGUGAAAUAUGUGGCAACGAAUACAUGUAUCAACAUGCACUUGAAAGUCAUAUGCGACGACAUCGUAAUGAAAAACCAUUCGUGUGUAGCGUCUGUGGAAAAGGAUUUGUCAUUAACUUUGAAUUGAGCCGUCAUAUGAGAACACACACUGGUCAAAAGCCGUACGCUUGCAAAUAUUGUGAUAGAAGGUUCUCCGAUUUUGGGAGUCGCGUGAAACAUGAAAGAAUUCACACCGGAGAGAGACCAUAUGCCUGCGAUACUUGUGGUAAAACAUUUGCAUACUCGCACGUACUCUCCAGCCACAAAUUAAUCCAUACCGGAGAAAAGAAAUACCACUGUGAGGUAUGCGGAAAACGUUUUGCAAAAUCACAUCAUUUGAAAGCCCACAUGAACACACACAACAAAAAUAAUGCCAACAAAAAUCAAAUUCAGUCGCAACAACAAAGCCAACCACAGCAUGAAAGUCAAACGCAAACUCAGCAAGUUUACGAGCUGCAAGUAUUCGAUGAACAUUCUCAAAUUGAUGGAGAUUCAACUAAUGAAGGUGACCUCACCGAAUAUUUGACACAUGACAACAUCAUCAAAGAUGAUGACGGUACGAACAGUGAGAGCGAAGGGCAGCUCUUGCUAUACGAUGUCGAUGUUCUGGAAGCAAUUAAAGAUUCGAGCAUCAAGAAAAAGUACAUCACUACCAAGAGUGGACAAAUUCACGAAAUUACAAUAGCCGAUCAUCAAGACCACAUUGAAUUACUUACCUUUGAAGAUGAUGAAUUGGAAUAAAAUUGACCAUUUAUGCGAAUCGAUGUUCGAUACAUGUGUUUAGAGUAUCACAGGCACUUUGGAACAUUUUUUCCAUAAAAAAUUUCUCAUUAAACGGUACAACAUCAAAAUCCAAGUCGAAAAAUAGAAAUAAGAAUAAAAAAAAGUUUGAACAUUUUCAUUUUAUUUUAAAUAUAUCAUAAUAUCCGGAAUAUAAAUUGUAUUAUUCUCUCA